AUGUCAUCGUGGGAAGAUCCGAGCGCGUCUGUGGCGUGCGGUCGCGUCGAGCGGCGAGCGGGUCUGAUCUUGUCCACGAUCCUCUACUACGCAGCUCAGCCUCUACAGGAGAAGAUGGAGGACGAGACGUCAUUUUUCGACAAAGAGCGCAACAGACUAACAAGCGAGAUUACUAGCGGUUUCGAGGAGUUGCUGUCAUCGAGCAAUAACCUGAAUCGCAAGCUUGAAGAGGUCCUAGGUAUGACCAGGGAGUAUGAAACGAUUGCAGCUCUCUGGCAGAGUUUCCAGGACCUUAUGCGCGGUCAGCGAGACGAAGCCGACGAGUCGACCAGCGAACCGCAGGGCAUGCCGGGAACAGGGGGCCAUGUUGUGUCAGUCAAACACGGGAGUACAGGACCAGGCCAGCACGAUGUAUGA